UAUUACACGUCAGUCUGUCAAAGGCGACUAUAAUGUUUGUGUCGACUUGCGGCAUCAGCUGAGUCAACCAAAUUCAAUUUCUCGUGGCUAAUGUUGAUAACAAGCAUCCAUCUGUUCAAUUACAAUUAGUCAGUGUAUUAGAUUCAAAAUUCCAGUGCAAGCACCACAAUGGUGCGUGAUUUUUUCGUCUUCGUCCUGGACACGCUCCUAACAAUCAAAAUGCUUUUCAUGCUGGUGAUCUUUGCCACAACUGUAACAUUUCUCAUCAUCCCAGUGAUUCUCCUCUUUAUGAAGUGGCGUUUUUCUUACCGGCGCAAGAAAGAUCUAGCGACACGCACAACAACACGCGUUGGACUCUUCCAUCCGUACUGUAACGCCGGCGGAGGCGGCGAGAAAGUGCUUUGGGUUGCACUGCAAAGCAUGAAAGAGAAGUAUCCAGAUGCAGAGUACUACAUCUACACUGGUGAUGCUGAAGCCACACCAACAGAGAUCAUUGACAAAGUCAACAAGAACUUGAAUGUGAAGCUGGAUAUGAAAAACAUCCACUUUGUAUAUUUAACAAGAAGAGUGUGGAUUGAAGCUCAGAUGUAUCCCUACUUCACAUUACUUGGGCAAAGCCUAGGCUCAAUUUACUUGGGAUAUGAGGCGCUUUGUCAACUACAUCCUGAUAUUUUCAUUGACACCACUGGUUUUGCGUUCACGCUGCCGUUAUUUAAAUAUUUAGGCGAGUGUCGCACUGGUUGCUACGUGCACUACCCGACUAUUACCACGGACAUGUUGAAACGCGUCGCGAAUCGACGCGCAAUGUACAACAACCGGAAUAUUAUUGCGCGGAGUCCAUUUUUGACAACUGGAAAACUGUUUUACUAUCGUAUUUUUGCAUGGUUGUACUCAUUUGCUGGUCAGUGCUCAGAUAUCAGCACAGUGAACUCAACAUUCACAAUGGAACACCUCACGGAUCUCUGGAACCGGCCCUUGCACUUAGUCUACCCACCAUGCGACGUCGACCAUCUUGUUUUAAUGACGCGCGACAAUCCCCGACCGAAAACCAUCAAAAUCCUAUCACUUUCACAAUUCCGCCCGGAAAAAGACCACGCAAUGCAAUUGCAAGCUCUCUACGAGCUGCGUGAAAUCAUCCCCGAUGAUCUUUUCGAACACAUCACGCUUGUACUCGCAGGAAGCUGCCGUAACGAUGACGACAGUAAUCGUGUGCGCGACCUACGUGACCUUUCCAAACACUUGAGUCUCGAGAAUAAUGUCGAGUUCAAAAUCAAUAUUCCCUAUGAUCAACUACUGGAAGAACUGCGCACGGCACACAUUGGUAUCCACACCAUGGUGGACGAACAUUUUGGCAUCGGUGUGGUGGAAUUAAUGGCGGCCGGGUUAAUCACAGUCGCGAAUCGUUCCGGUGGGCCGUUAUUAGACAUCAUCGAAACUUCCGAAGCAUCACGACUCGGUUUUCUCGCGACGACAGCCGAGGAAUACGCGCACACGCUGAAAUUUAUACUUUAUUUGUCCGAGGAGGAGUUGGAUGAGAUCCGGACGAGAGCCAAAGCGUCCGUGGAUCGCUUCUCAACGCGAAAAUUCAAGGAAGACUUCCUGCGCGCAGUCGAACCCCUUUUUAAAUCCGAGUAUUGACAAAUACGCUGUUCUCCUAGUCAUAAUUCGCAUUUUUUUACUUGGGUACAUAGCAUAGGUAUAAAAAUCAAGUUAUAUACGAGUCUUGUUAAUAUUAAUUUAAUUUUGAAUCAUGACUUUAACUAAACCUGAUGAAA